AUGGGCUCCGUACAAAAUGAGAGCAGAACCUCUCUUACGCGAUGGUAUAUAGACACGCGCCAAUUGACAGCGACAAAUUCACCACUCCCAUUGUUGGAGACCCUCCAACCAUCAGACCAAGAGGCAGUCAAGAAGUUUUACCACCUCAAGGACAGACACAUGUCCCUCGCCUCAAACCUGCUGAAAUACCUCUUCAUCCACCGCUCCUGCCGCAUUCCUUGGAACAAGAUCAGCAUCAGUCGAACACCAGCGCCUCACCGCCGACCAUGUUUCAUCCCCUCUCCCGCCCUGACCGAGGGCACUGACGAGCCCAUCCCCAGCAUCGAAUUCAACGUCAGUCACCAAGCAUCUCUCGUAGCGCUCGCAGGCACAAUCAUCCCACCGUCCCAUGCCGCAAGCACCACCCCGGCUACGCUAUUCGCCAACCCCAGCCCAUCCUCGACUCCGGCCCCCUCUGUCCCUCAGGUAGGCAUAGACAUCACCUGCGUGGACGAGCGGCGCGCACGCACAAGCUCCGCCCCAUCAACCCGCAAACAACUAGCUGAAUACGUCGACAUCUUCGCCGAAGUCUUCUCCCAACGCGAGCUGGAAACGAUCAAGAACCUGGGAGGGAGAUUCCCGGCUGACGCGCGGGACGGCGCCCAGGAAAGCGAAGCGGUCGAGUACGGCCUCCGCUUGUUUUACACGUACUGGGCUCUCAAGGAGGCGUACAUCAAGAUGACCGGCGAGGCACUUCUCGCGCCGUGGCUGCGGGAGCUGGAGUUUACGGAUGUCGUCGCCCCUGCGCACGUGCAGGCCUUGGCGGGGGAUUGGGGGGAGCCGUACACUGGUAUCAAGACCUGGCUGUAUGGGAAGAGGGUGGAGGAUGUGCGGAUUGAGGUGGUCGCUUUUGAGAAGGAUUAUAUAUUUGCUACGGCGGCGCGAGGGGCCGGAUUGGGGGCCGGGAGUCGGCCAUUGCCUGGGAGUAUGGGCGUCACCGUCUCCAUAGAUCCCUGGAUGCACAUGGAGAAGAUCGAUAUCGACAGAGAUAUUGCACCUUGUGCGACAGGAGUUUGUCAGUGUGUAACGAAAUAG